AUGCAAAAGACGCAAGGACUGCCAGAAUUCAGCCUUGCGGGGAAGGUAGUAUUGGUGUCGGGUGCUGCUCGAGGACUCGGUUUGACACAAGCCGAAGCAUUGCUGGAAGCUGGCGCACGAGUGUACGCACUUGAUAGACUUGAGGAACCCUCACCAGACUUUGCGCCGAUUGCUGAGAAAGCAAAGAAUGAACUCGGAACCUCGCUCGAAUACCGCCAAAUAGACGUACGAGAUGUAAAAAAGCUUCACGAGAUUGUGGAGGAAAUCGCAAACAAGGAGGGCAGACUUGAUGGAUUGAUCGCUGCUGCUGGCAUCCAACAAGAGACAACUGCGCUGGAGUACACUGCUGAGGAUGCGAACCGCAUGUUCGAGGUCAACAUUACUGGGGUUAUGAUGACUGCACAAGCAGCUGCGAAGCAAAUGAUCAAGUUUGGAAAUGGCGGAAGUAUCGUGCUCAUCGCGAGCAUGUCUGGCACAGUUGCAAACAGGGGCCUCAUCUGCUCCGCAUACAACGCGUCAAAAGCUGGUGUAAUGCAACUCGCCCGCAACCUAGCAUCGGAAUGGGGCGAGCACAACAUUCGCGUCAACACCAUCUCGCCAGGAUACAUUGUGACUGCGAUGGUGGAGGAACUCUUUAAGAAGUACCCAGAGCGAAGAGAGACCUGGCCCACACAAAACAUGUUGGGUCGUUUAUCAAAGCCUGAGGAAUACCGUGGUGCAGCGGUGUUCUUGCUGAGCGACGCAAGUUCUUUUAUGACUGGAGCGGAUCUGAGAAUGGACGGCGGUCAUGCCGCGUGGUAA